AUGCCCCUCGUGAACAGCGUGGGCUUGGAGGGCGUUGGCAGCUGCUCUCCCCGCCCGGCCUCGACUGCAGAGCAGCGGAGGCACAACAUUCAAGCCCGGGGGGGCGGGGCCGGCGUGCGCUUGGAGGAAGCGGCGGCGCUGCAGCUGCGGGGCGUGGGGGCGGCGGCUUCGGAGGCCGAGGCGGUGGUGGUGGCUCUGGCGGAGGCACGAGCACCUUGGCCAGGGAAGGCGCUCAGCUCGGACCCUACAGAAGGCCCUAUGGAGGUGGCGGCGGGCGGAGUCGGCGGUGCGGGGCCGCCGUUGCUGCUGAGCGAUAGCGAGCAGCAGUGCUACUCUGAGCUCUUCGCGCGCUGUGCAGGCGCUGCAAGCGGGGGCCCCGGACCUGGCCCCCUCGAGGCUACCAGGGUCGCCCCUGGCACUCUCACUGCGGCCGCUGGUCCGGUAGCCGAUCUGUUUCGAGCGUCGCAGCUGCCACCGGAGACAUUGCACCAGAUCACAGAACUGUGUGGUGCAAAGCGGGUUGGCUAUUUUGGACCAACCCAGUUUUACGUUGCCCUGAAAUUGAUUGCUGCAGCACAGACUGGCCUCCCUGUGAGGACAGAGAGUAUUAAAUGUGGUGAGUAGAUCAUAUUUAUAUGUUAUAUUAUCUAUAACAGAUUUCUUAUUUGUGUGAAUCUUUUUG